AUGCCGGCGUCGACGUAUCACGUGGCGCCCAUGCCGACGCACGCGCACGUCGCGGAGAAGCACGAGGAGGUGCGCGUGCGCACGGGCUUUGGGCACAAGAGCAAGCCGAAGACGCUGCAAGAGGCCAUGAAGAUGCGCGGCGACCCCGGCGAGCGGCGGCGCGGACGCGUUCGCCGCAAGCAGGACGUCGAGGUCGGCGUGCGGCUCAAGAAGGAGCCGCUGCAGAUGCACCAGCGCAUCCAGCGGUCCGGGCGCGUGCUCACGGCCGAGGGCGACAAGUCGCCCUGGCGCGUCGCGCCCGACGCCAUCGGGCGGAGUUUGGGGGAGUGGCGCGGCGAGAUGGCGAGGCGGCGCGCGACGCUCGACGAGCUCCGCGUCGCCGUGGACGCGGAGAAGACGGACAAGAUGCAGGAGAACGUGCUGCCCUACAUGCUCGCCUACAGCCGGCGGCGCAUGGCCGGCGGCGGCGACAAGGCGCCGAGCCUCGCGGCGUACCACCACGAGGUCGCGGAGUCCAUCGAGGUCGUCGACCGCACGCGGCACCGAUGGCGCAAGAACGACCCCGCGCCGCCCUCGGAGGACCCCGGCGACACCAUCGACGCCGUCCACGCCCGGGAGGUGCUCGCGGAGAAGGCGGCGAUCCGCGACAAGCAGGUGAAGCGCAUGCGGCUGCGGCAGGACUCGUACUACGGCCGCGACGGCAAGGGCGACCCCGUGCCCGACAAGCCCGACGGCAUGGAGCGCCUCGAGCGGCGCAAGGCGCGCCUCAAGGCCCAGGGCCGCGACCUCAACGGCCGGGAGAACUUCGAGCUCCAGCGCCACAUCAUCCGCUGGACGGACUCGAAGCUCUCGGCGCUCAACGAGAAGAAGCGCCGCGAGAAGCACCUGCUCCGGAACCGCUUCAAGAACAAGAUGAAGGAGGCCAAGACGCGGCCGUCGGCCAUCGGCGAGGGCCUGCGGCGCGCGUCGCAGAUCCUCACGCGGCGCCUGAGCGCCGCGGGCAUCCUGGGGAGCGGCGACGGCGACGGCGACGGCGGCGAGGGCGCGCCGGAGGAGGAGCCGGAGCGCGACGAGGACGCGCCGCUGACGCCGCGGUCCGCGGCGAAGCUCAUGGAGGCGACGCUCGACUCCGCGCUCCAGGGCAUGGGCGGCCGCGACACGGUCGCGGUCAUCAAGGACCGGCGCGAGAGCGUGUCCGUCGAGGACCGCAUCCGCAACCUGAGCCCGGCGAAAUUGGGCGCCAAGGUCGCGCAGCAGAUCCGGCUGGGCUUCCGCACGAUGGAGCGGCCGAAGACGUCGCGGGGCCCCGACGCCGCGGCGCCGUCGACGCCGCUCCGCGGCCUCUUCAACUUCGGCGCGUUCUCGCCCAUCAAACCGCCCCCCAAAGACAGCCACGCGCCGGCGCCGAGCGGCGGCGACGCCGCGGCGGCGGCGCCGGCGCCGUCCGAGGCCCAGGUCGAGGCCGCGGCCGCGGGCCGCGCGAAGUUCAAGAAGGCCGUCGGCAAGCUGGUGAUGAAGAACGUCGCGUUCAACGUCACGAAGAUCCGCGUCAAGAAGGGCCAGGAGGCCUACGCGCGCGAGCAGGAGCGCCUCAUCACGGAGCAGGGCCUCGUCGCCAAGGAGCUCCAGCGCCAGAAGGACGCGGACGAGCUCGACGCGUUCGGCGUCUUCGCGGACCUCGCGCCGGGCAUGGACAACGAGCGCGCCAACGCCGCGGGCGCCGGCGGCGACGGCGACGGCGACGGCGACGGCGACGGCGACGCGCCGGCGAAGCCCAAGAAGAAGCACGUCAACCUCAACAAGAUCGGCCGCGAGGCGCCCGCGCCGCGGAAGCAGAUCAAGCGCAAGGCCGUCGCCGAGUCCAAGCUCAAGCCCCAGGAGCUCGGGCCCCAGUACCCCGAGGGCAUGGACGUGCCCCAGGAAGCGAUGGCCGAAAUCCUGCACGAGGCAGCUCUCGUGAAGACGCUGUGCUGGCUCCAGGAGCCGAAACAGCUCCCCGAGCGCUGCGACUUCUCCUACGCCCAGGCCCUGGCCCCGUGCUGCUCCGACGACCUCCUUUCGGCCUGUCGCGCCGCGGACCACGCCCUCAUCACGCUCAAGGCCGCCGUGGCGCGGGACAAGCGGGAGCGGGGCGACGCGGCCGCGGCGCUCGCGGCGGCGGCGUCGGCCGUCGCGGCCUGGCGCGCCGUCGCGUUCCUCGGCGCCGCGCUCGACGCCGGCGUCGCCAGGCACUGCCGCCUCGACGGCCCCGUGACCGUGUCCUGGACGACGGGGUUCCCGGGCCUCUGCUGGCGCACGGGCCACGCGACGCUCGAGUCCGCCGGCGCGCCGCGCCUCGCGGCGGCCGCGGCCGCGGGCUGCCGCGUCGACGCGGCCAUGUGCCUCGCGACGGCGGCCUGGGCCUUUUCCGCCGGCGCGGCGCGCACGCUCGCGGGCGGCGCGCUCAAGCUCGGGGACCUCGCCGCGGACGGCGGGCCGCUCGUGCGCGCGUCGGCCGCGCUGCGCGAGGCCGCGGGGUGCUGGGCGGGCGUCGCCGCGGCCGCCGGCGCGCCCUUCGAGCGCUACGACCCGCCGCGCGAGCUCGCGGCGGACGUCGCCGCGGCGCUCAAGUCGGCGUGCCUCGGCGCCGCGGACCGGCUCGCCGUGGCCAAGGCGCUCGCGCGCGAGCUCGCGGCGGGCGCGAAACCCGCGGCCGUCGCGCCGCGCCUCGCCGACGGCGCGGCGGCCGCCGAGGGCGCCGCCGUCGCCGCCGUCGAGCCCCAGGACAGGCAAAUGGCGGCGAACCUGGCGGCGGCGUCGCUCGCGGGCUUCGCGGUCGGCGACUUGUUGCGGGCGCGCGUCGCGGCCGCGGCCGAGCGGCCCGGCGACGCCGUCGCGUUCGCGGCGCGCGCCGAGCGGCGCUUCGCGGCGCUGCGCGACGCCGGCACGAAGGGCGGCUGGGGCGGCCACGACCACGCCGCCUACCCGGACCUCACGGAGGCGACGCGGAGCGCGUACGCGCUCGCCGGCGGCGCGCUGGGCUCCGCGAAGGCGCCGGGCCUCGACGCCGUCGCGGCCAGGGCCCACGAGGCCUACGACCGCGACAACCGGACCAUCUACUUCGCGUCCGUGCCGGCGACGCUCGUCGCCGACGCGCCGCUCACGCUGAGCAAGCCGACGGACCGGGCGCCGCGGCCGGGCCCCUUUCCGCCCUUCGCGGAGCCCCCGGACGACGACCCGAAGCUGGAGCUCUUCGACCCCGAGCGCUUCGCGGCCGUCGCGGCCGCGCGGCGGGAGGCGGAGGACAUCCAGCGGGUCGCGGACGACGCCGCGCGCGCCGAGGCGCGGGCGCGGGCCGACGCGGAGGCCGCGGCCGCCGCGGAGGAAGAGAAGAAGCGGCUCGCCGCGGAGCAGGCGUCGUUCCUCGAGGUCACGUGCCCGACGGGCUUCGGCCCGGGCGACGCGCUCUGGGUCCGGGGCCCCGACGGCACGCAGGUGAAAGCCACGGUGCCGCGCAAGGUCUUCGGCGGCGACAAGUUCCUCGUCGCGCUCCGCGGCGACGUCGCGCUCCCGGCGGGGGACGACCCCAGGGCCGACGCGGCGACCGUCGUCGCGUCGCAGCACCCGGAGUCGACGAUCGACUCCUUCUUCCAGGCGCGGCCGCUCGACGGCACCGAGGACGCGGACCACGUCGACGUCUACACGGGCAAGCCCGCGCCGGCCGCGCCGCCGCCGGCGGCGCCGCCGGCCGCGCCCGCGCCGCCGCGGACCGCGCCGCCGCCCGCGCCGCCGGCCGCCGGGGCCGCGGCCUUUUGGACCUGCCCCCAGUGCACCUUCAACAACGAGCUCACCGCCGCCGCCUGCGCCAUCUGCGCCGCCGCGCGGCCCGCGGCGGCCCCGGGCGCCGACGCGGACGCGGCGCUCGCGCGGCGCCUCGCCGCGGAGAACGCGGCGCCGCCGCCGUCCGAGGCCGACGACCUCCGCGUCGCCCAGCAGCUGCGCAUCCAGCUCGACGAGGAGCGCCGGCAGCAAGAGGCCCGCGACGAGGCGUUCGCGCGGUCCCUGGCGCAGCAGGGCCCGUCCGCGCCGCCGAACCCGUUCUAA